AUGGUUUCAUUCUGGCAAAGAAACGAUGAUUCCGAGAGGGAUGAACUAGGGGAUAAUCACUCCAGAGAGCAAUACCAUGAAGCCGAUGAACGGACACGACUGUUACCAAGAGACAACCAAGCUUACCUGAGUCCUGAUGAUCCUGCAGUCUCCCCCUACAAUCUCUGGAGCAUUCGGGCCCUUAGAGCCUUCUCUUCUUUCUUCCUCGCGAUUAGUUUCGUGUGGUGGACUUUCUUGCUCGUCUCCCUAUUCGUCAGCCCUCCUAUGAUGCACAGCCGUGGCUCCGGCUUUUUCAGCUUUGCCUAUACUACACUGACUGUCGGUUAUCUCAUCAUCGCGCUCCUAUUCUUCACCGUGCCUUCAAAGCCGAUGAUUAUUUCUGGGAUAGUGCUGUCUGUUUUCCUCUUGGUGGACAUGUGCAUCAUCCUCAGCGUUCCCCGGCUCCGCGUGGAAGAAGGCUGGGUGGGAAUCGCCUCCGUCGUCUGGGCCACUUUGAUCUCCAUCUUCAAUAUUCUUCAGAGUCGCAUUGUUGCCUGGGGUAAAAAGGAAGAAGAAGAACGUUUGACAGGGCGGGAGGAAACCCGUCGAUCGCUUCGGGAAUGGAUUGCAGUGCUAGUCGAGACAAUCUUCAUGGUCGUCAUCGCCAUUGUCUCCGUCCUCUUUACUGCCACUCUGAUCAUCCGCGCGCGGGAUGCUUCCCUCGCUCCCCCCGGUAAGAAGUACUACGUGAACGGCGAAAACUACCAAGUCCACCUGGCCUGCGUGGGUAAUAUCACCAACGGCAUCGAUGGUAAACAGCCUCCAACCGUGCUCCUCGAAGGUGGCGAAGGACCCGUGGAACACUCGCUGCAGCCAUUCAUCGAUGAGCUCCACCAGCAAGGCAUCAUCGACCGCUACUGCUACUGGGACCGGCCAGGACACGGCUGGUCCGAUAACGCGCCAUCCCCGCACUCCGCCGGCAUGUCCGCUGACGCACUCUCCGAAGCGCUCGCGCUCGCUGGCGAAGAGGGACCCUGGGUCCUCGUCUCCUCGGGCAUCGGCGGCAUCUACAGCCGCAUUUUCUCGAGCCGACACCUCCUCGAGACAAAGGGGAUCUUCCUUAUCGACGCCAUGCACGAAGACUACCUCAACCAAGUGGGUAACUCAGGCCGCGGCUUCCUGCUCUGGCUGCGCGGCAUCCUCUCCCCACUCGGCCUUGACCGACUCGCCGGCGCCAUCUUCAAAGGCUACACGCGCGAGGACCGCGUUAUCGGCCGCAGCGCGUACCAGACCGGCAAGUUCCUCAAGGCCAAGCUGCAGGAGAACCUCGUCGCCGAGUCCAUGACCGCCGCGGAGGUCCAGACGGCGCGCCACGUUCAGAUGCCUGAUACGGCGCUCAUGGUUGUCAGCUCCGGGAUCGAAGUACACCGCAGCGACAAGUGGGCCAAGACGCAGGAGGAGUUGACCAAAAUCACGAAGAACCUGAAACAGUGGGAUAUCGUCAAGGGUGCGCCCCACGAGGUCUGGAAGACGACUGAGGGUCGCCGCCUGUUGAAGAAAAGAUUGAGGGAAAUGCUGAAGGGGGAAGAGUAA